UGAGAAAACUUCAUGCCGGGCUGCCCAAUACGUCAAUCGCGCUCACAUCGUCUCUCCAUCGACAACCAGGGCGGAGCGCAAGCGCAGAUUUGCACACAGGUGAUGGUGAAUAUGGAUUCGGCCCUCUUCUUGUGUACAUCUUGCAUCCUGGGGGGGGGUCAUAUUUGAGGCUGAACAAUGCAGAGACUGAAGGUCGCUGAAAAUGCUCGCGCGCACCUUGUUCCCUGCCAGCCCUCGCGACACAAUGAAUCCGGCGCUGUUGACAACAUACAUGAUUGUGGACAAUGAGGAAUUGAGGCAAGUUAGUGUGCGGAUGGAAGGUGAUGAGGAGGCGCCCCUUCAGCAGUGGUACAAGUUCGAUGAGGUGUUCGCUCCUGGCGCCACCCAGCUUGACGUCUAUCACAGAGUUGUGGCUCCCAUCUUGGAUGAUGUCCUCCGAGGCUUCAAGUGCACCAUAAUUGUUUACGGGCCGAUGGGACCACGGGCAAGACACACACCAUGGUGGGAUCACUGGAUCGGUAUGCGGGCCGCAGGUGGCGCCAGGCAAGUUUACUGAACAAGCAAACAAGCCCCCGAGAAGCUCGCGACAGUCAGCAUCCCAGGCGGUGGCGCCCCCCCCCCCUCCCCCAACACAACUUACCCGCGUCCUUUCUCGAGUGAGUGACCCGCCGCGCCGCCCGACGAGUUGAUUUGGUUGCCCGUCCGCUUUCGGUGGGCUUCCAUCUCGGCCGUGACGCGCUUCCG